AGAUUCACAAAAGCCUCUUUGUUAUUUUUCUUCUUCUUUACUCCUUCUUAUUCCUGUUUCAUCUUUCUCUCUCUCACAGGUUAGGAAGGUGGACAUUAAUCUCGGAUUAUAAUCCGUUAAAUUGAGUUAAACCCACUUUAGGCGUGAAACAUUUCAUGAUGAGAAACAACUCUGUGAAACAAGUUCAAAGUUUAAGUUUCCAGGAGGGUCUCGUAUCGAUCAAACUUAAAGUUUGACCAUAAAACACAAAGUUUUCUUUCAGAGACAGGCCGCAGAUUAAUUUUGUAUAAUGCAACUCAGAUUGUAGUUUAAUCUGUGAUCUGUGUCCUCAGAGGAGCUGUGUGUGAUUCUUGUUUUUGAUUAAAAUCACAUUUAUUUAAUGAAAACACAUACUUGAGGAGCAGCGAGGAGGAGGAGGAGGGAUUUCCCUGCUCCAAAAACCCUUUUCCCCCAGUUUCCAUGAGGAGGAGGAGGAGAAGAGGGGGACUGGGAAGGAGGGACAUUCCUCUCAUACUGCAGCCCAGGCGGAGGGGGGACUUCCUGCCUCUGCUCUCGUACCGCUUCUUUUCUUACGGUUAAACAUGAAUCUAACGGGGAGAGAAGAAGACUUUGAAGCCGAAUAUGAGCUCCUGUUCCCGGGGAAAGGAUUAAAACCUGUGGAGAGGAAGAGGCAGGAGCGGUGGCACGGAGUUGUCUGACUGUAACUGUAAAGUUUGAGGACUUUUUUUGGAUCUCAGAUCCGCUUCAGAUCCGCAAAAAAACCCGAGAAAAAACCCCGAGAAAAGAUGAUUUACUGAGCAGAGAGCUGCAGAGGAACAGAAGGAGCUCUGCACAGAGAGCUUCUAACUAAGCCACAUCUGAAAGAACCAGAGAACCUCCAGGACUCACAGAGAGGCCAGGACCAGAAGCUGAGUCUAACUUUAUCAGCGCCAACCACCUCACUACCCUAUCCCUUUAUGAGCAGCUCCUGAUGCCCCCUGCAGGCAGAGAGCAGCGUGAGCAGCCACACAGAUGUUUCGGAAAAAAGCGUCUUCCUCGUUGAGAAUGAAAAGGAUAACAGAAAGCGCUAGAUGGAGCAUUGACCGUGGCCGAAGUUUGUCCUUCCAUGAGGUGCGUAGUCAGCGGGAGGCAGAGAUGAGGGCCGCGGCAGAGGACUCCUCCAACAGCAGCAGCAGUGUGGGAGGCGGAGGAGGAGGUGGCAGCAGUACCGUCUUGCAGCGCCUCCUGCAGGAGCAGAUGAACCGCAACUAUGUGUUGCAACAACAACAACAACAACAACAACAGCAGCAACAACAACAACAAGGAGGGGGAGGUGGAGCAGGUUACUCGGUCAGCCUUCCUGAUGAUCACUCCAUGACCCCCCACAUCGCCCGGCAGGAGCCCCAGGGACAGGAGCUGCAGACGGAUAGUGGUGUGGAGAAGUUGGGCUCCUCUAGAGGAGGUGGAGGGAGCAGUGGAGGAGGUUUAGGGACCGGAGGUGGGGGAGGCAGCCAAGGAGGUGGGAGUUUCCAGGGGCAGUGUCAGAACCCUGAGGACCUCCCUACAUAUGAGGAGGCCAAAGUACAGUCUCAGUAUUUCCGUGGUCAUGGUCCCCCACCUCCUCAGCCUCUGCAGCAGAACAACCAGCAGCCUCCCCACCCCGCCUCAGUGGGCGCCGCCUUCUAUGUCACUGGUAUGACGAAUGCCAAGGUGCGCACCGAGGGUCGCCCCACUGUACAGCGGGUCAGCGGAGCAGGGAAGGUGCAUCAGGACGACGGACUGAAGGAUCUAAAGCAGGGACAUGUUCGCUCUCUCAGUGAACGUCUGAUGCAGCUCUCCCUCGCCACAAGUGGCGUCAAGGCUCACGCCCCCGUCACCAGUGCCCCACUCUCCCCCCUGUUGCCCCCUCCAGGGCCGCCAGGUGACUAUUACAAGCCACAGCAUCGCGGCCCACCUCCGGACUACCCCUUCAAAGGAAUGGGCUCCCCCUCCAAACAACAGGACUCAGGAGGACAUUUUUACCAGGAGCAGAGAGGGAGGGAGCACUCCAGGGAGGUGCCCCAUGUCCGAUACCAGCCCCCACCCGAGUAUGGCUCCUUCAGGUCCAGUAAGGAGGGUUCCCUUCAUUCCCAAAGAACCCUCCACCAGCACAGUCCCACCUCCUCCGUCACCUCUGUAGGCUCCUUGUCUCGCACUCAGUCCUCCACCCUAAGCAGCAUGCUCAGUGCCUCACACUCCUCACAUCCCUCCUUCCCCCACCAGCACCCCCACAUCCAGGGGGAGCCUUACCCCUCCAUGGGGCCUCGCAGUGCUCAGGGUCCUGGCCCUCACCCGGGAGGAGACAGCUUCACCAUGGGGUCUGUACACUCUGCUCAACCCAGAGGUCAUGUUUUAGCUCAUGACCCAUACGGCUCCACCCCCAGGAUGCACCAUCACCAACAGCAGCAGCAGCAGCAGCAGCAGCAGCAGCAUCAGCAGCAGCAGCAUCAGCAGCAUCAACAGCAGCUUCAGUACCAACAGCAACUACAACUACAACAACAACACCAACAACAACAACAACAACACCAACAACAACAACAGCAACAACAACUACAACAACAACAACAGCAGCAACAACAACAGCAACAGCAGUUCACAGCUAACCCCCCUCCUAUGCUCCAGCCCCCAGUCCAGGCCUCACAUUUCCCCCACCCACAGUCCUAUUCCCACCCGCAGGGGGAGCCCUACGCUAUGAUGGCCCGCGCACACCAAAUGGUGGACGUGCUGACGGAGGAGAAUAGGAUGCUGAGACAAGAGAUGGAAGUUUGCCGCGACAAAGUCACCAAGCUGCACAAGCUGGAAACUGAGAUCCAACUGGUGUCAGAGGCCUAUGAAAACCUGGCAAAGUCCUCCUCUAAGAGGGAGUCGCUGGAAAAAACCAUGAGGAACAAGCUGGAGCUGGAGGUCCGCCGCCUGCACGAUUUCAACAGGGACCUCCGAGAGCGCAUGGAGACGGCAAACAAACAGCUGGCUGCUAAAGAGUGUGAGGGCUCAGAGGACAACCGCAAAACCAUCUCCCAGCUUCUGACACAGAAUAAGGAGACUCAGCGUGAGAAGGAGAAGCUGGAGAUGGAGUUGAGUGCUCUUCGCUCCACCACGGAGGAUCAGAGGAGACACAUCGAGAUCAGAGACCAGGCACUUAAUAACGCUCAGGCCAAAGUUGUCAAACUGGAGGAGGAGCUAAAGAAGAAGCAGGUGUAUGUGGAGAAGGUGGAGAGGAUGCAGCAGGCUCUGGCUCAGCUGCAAGCAGCCUGUGAGAAGAGAGAGCAGCUGGAGCAUCGCCUACGUACCAGACUGGAGAGAGAGCUGGAGUCUCUGCGCAUGCAACAGCGUCAGGGGGGCUCUCAGAGCAGCGGCACACUUCCGGCAGAGUACAAUGCCACGGCCCUCAUGGAGCACCUGAGGGAGAAGGAAGAGCGGAUCCUGGCUCUGGAGGCUGACAUGACGAAGUGGGAGCAGAAGUACCUGGAGGAGAGCGUGAUGAGGCAGUUUGCUCUAGAUGCUGCUGCUUCUGUUGCCACUCAGAGGGAUCGAUCAACCACCAUCAUCUCUCACUCCCCCAGCAGCAGCUACGACACGUCGGUGGAGGCUCGAAUCCAGAAAGAGGAGGAAGAAAUCCUGAUGGCCAACAGGCGCUGUCUGGAUAUGGAAAGCAGGAUCAAGAAUCUCCAUGCCCAGAUCAUAGAGAAGGACGCCAUGAUUAAGGUGCUCCACCAGCGCUCGAGAAAAGAGCCCAUCAAGUCUGACGUGCCGUCUGCCAUGAGGCCCUCCAAGUCCCUGAUGUCCAUCUCCAACACAGGGUCAGGGGGUUCAGGACUUCUCUCUCACAGUCUGGGACUCAGCAGCUCCCCAAUCACUGAGGAGCGUAAGGACACGAGCUGGAAGGGCAGUCUGGGUGUUCUCCUGGGUCCAGAGUUUCGUACUGAGUCUCUCAGGACUGAAUCCAUUUCCUCAUCCCCCUCCCCGGUGCUCCCCUCCACCCCGAUGACGGCAGGUCACUCAAAGACAGGCAGCAGGGACAGCUGCACACAGACAGAGAAGGGCCAGAGCCAGGAGAGCAGUAAACCCAGCACCCCUGCCCUGCAAAGCAUGACGCUACCCGCACGCCUGUCCAGCCCCAGUCCAGUCUACAUCCCAGACCGGAUCACAGAUGUUCCUGGGUAUCACAGCAGCACCCUGGAGAGGAGGCUUCCUGUACAGUCCCACCCCCAGCAGCAGGUCCUUCCCCCAGCCUCUACCAGCCAACAGGAAGUGGACAACGACAUGGUGGAGAUACUCAUCUGACCACUUGACUGCCAAACCCCUCACAGAUAUGAAUGAUUGGAUGGCAGCUCCAUCAGACAAACACACACACGUCAGAUAUUUCUAAUGUUUACAUUUUAUUCACCCUCUGUGUUUCAUCCACUCUUCCACUCUUUUCCUGCCUCUUCUUCUUCCUCUUCUUCUGAGAAAGUUCAGACAGCAGGAGAGUGGCGCCCCCUCCUGCCUUAUCUCAGCUCUGCAGGUUUCUGAAAUGUCAGGUUGUUACUGGAACUUUAAAACACAGUGAUGAGGAUGGAAAGACAAGAGACACAUGGGCAAGCUGGGCUGAUACCAAAUCCUCCAAGUGAACACACACAAACACACACACACACACACACACACACACACACACACACACACACACACACACACACACACACACACACACACACAGGUGAAGGUGAAGGAUUUCUGUCAGUGGUUGCUGCUUUCAGGAUUUGUUGUUUCAGACUGCAGCACUAUUUCAACACAUAGACAUGUUAGCUUAGCUUAGCAUGUUGCAUCUGUUGUCCUGACCUGCAGACAGAUGAUGAUGAUGACAUUGAUGAUGAUGGUGAUUUUAAGUUGUCUGUGUUUGAGGCUGUGAGAGGAAGAAAGCAGCUGAGAUGAUCGUCAGCUUCAUCGGACCAAAUGUAUCCGCUGUCUCUCUGUUGCAUUAAUUGCACUAAUAAUGUUUUACUAAUAAUGUAAUAAUGUAAUUUCUUUUUGUCAUGUUACUUUAUAUUCAUUCUAGUAUUUAAGUGUAUUUGUGACAGUAGUCAGACAUGGCACUAACUGUGUAAUAAUGUUUUUACAUUGUGUCUGUGCUGUAGAGUCCUGUGUUACUCUGCCUUACAUUUCCAUCUCUCUCAAUCAGUGAUUAAGGACGUUA